CCAAACCAAAAAACUAGAAUGUUUAUUUAAUUAAAAUAACCACCGAAAAAUUUUAAGGUUUAAGAUAUUUAAAAUUCUAACUUCAACAACUAAAAAUAUUUUUACAAAUUUUAAUUUUAAAAGAAUAGAAUAAUUAAUAAUAAAAUAAAGGAAUAUGAAUAUCAAACACAAUCAUCAAAACCGAAAAACUACCUAUGAUAUCUCUAUAAUAAUAUUUAAGAAGUCAGUUUCAUAUGUGUCAUGCUCACAUUAAUUUUAACGACGAUUAAUUAUAGUGGUACCCUUAAUGAAUCAAAUUGUCAUUGUUAAAUUUUUUAUUUUAUUUUAUUUUUCCUUUUUAUUUAAGCUUCCUUUUUCUUUAUAUUUUUCAAAUAACCUUAUAAAAUAAAAUUUAUAAAGUUUUAAAACAAAAUAGAUUAUAUAUAUAAUGUGAUUCAUGAAAAAAGAAAGUUCACAAAAUAGUCUUGAUUUUAAAGUAAAGAAAUCAUCUUUCUUUUAAAAUAAAAACUUAAACAACAUAAUCUAUAUUUUGAAAGUAAUAAUUAUUUUAUUUAAAUCAAUAGAUUUCUUAAAUUGUUAAAAGUAACUUUUCUGACAUCAACAUAAACAGGCUCAUUUAAGACUAUGCAAACCAAAAUAAUUUAAAUAACAUAAACUAAGAUAUCUUUAAUGAAUAAAAGUUUUAUUUUAUUUUUUAAAUAAGUUUCCUUUCUAAAAAUUUCCUACAAACAUAAGAAAUUAUCAGAUAUAAGAAAUUAUCAGAUAUAGUAUACUUAAGAUUUAGAGGAUUUAAAAUUUGCAUUAAAAAUACUAACCAUUACAAACAAUGUUUCCAUUUUGCAUUGUCGUAAUUGUAAAAAAAAAAUAAUCAUUAAAACCAACCUUUUAAAAAGAGCAUAUUAAAACAUGAAAUCUCAGUUUUAGAAUAAACUAUUGCCACAAGUACACUUUCAAAGUGUAGGAUAAGUUCUAUUAAGUAUCCUGAUUACAGUUUUAUAGAGUGUAAUGCACGUGCAAAUCAAAAGUGGUGCACUAACAGACCGAACAAUAAGGUCGUGAGGAAGUGUUGGAAAGGACCCCUAAAUUAAGCAACCCCCAAUAAUAUUUAAUCAUUGUUCAAAUUAUCAAAAAUGGCUUGUUAAUGAGAGUUGUCUCACUACAAGACAACGAGUUACAGUCACCUGCUGGCUCACCAUCCCACACGUCCACCCCCACUUAAAUUUUAGUAUAUACCAAAUGUUUAUCAUACUAUAAGCCUAUAAUCAAUUUGUAAACCAUCCUCAUAAGUCACAAUUUCAAUCAAAUUGGAUUAUAUCUAUGAGGACAAUGUCUAUUUUAAACGAGUAUCUGUAAUUUAUAGUUUUGUUAUAUUGAUCAGUGUCAUAAUUUUGUUUGUUAAUGAAUAUAUAUAUAUAUAUAUAUAUAUAUAUAUGGUCUUCACGAUUGCAACAUUCAACAUCAAACUUAAAUAUCCUUCAUCAUUUAUCAUUUUUGACGUCAUAGUUGUAAACCUUUCUCAACAUUUAUCUAUUUAAAAUCCAUUUAGCGAUCAAAUAUUACAUAGAGUACUGCAACUUUCAUCUAACGAGCCAAGAAAAAAAAAUAGAAAAGUGUCAGCAAAAUGUGAAAUGUAUCAUACAAAUCAGAUAUCUUGGAUAUUUCUUUUACUAAUUUAAUCGAUAUUCUAUAUUUACAUUAAACAUCUGUCAUAUUUGAUGGGUCAUGUCGUCGAAGAAUAAUUAGUGGCAAAAGUAAAACUCGUGAGUGUACGAGCACCAUAUAGGUUUAAUUCACUGGUGUGGCCCUUGUCGGGUCGCCACAUAGAUAUGACUAAGAUUUUUAACUGAAGACAAUUAAAUAAGAGUCCAAUCCGAAUCAUUGAUUGGGUAAUCAUCAACUUUUCUGAAUGAACUCUUUUUGUCACAAUCAUUCCUCUAAUCACAAAUAUACACUCUGUAGUAGUAUUUAUAUAUAUUCUUUUCAAUAGACCCAAUAUUGUGUGGGUUACAUGUUCCCCAUAAUAAAAAGAAGCACAUAAAACAUUUCAUUUUUAACCAUAAUUGCAGGAAUAAAGAAACCACAAAUAAUAAGUUCCCUGAGUAGACCCAUAGUUUUAGUGUGUAUGAGCAAGUACACCAUUUAUAGAUAAUAAUUGGCCCAAUUAGUUCAUUAUUGAAGCUUUCACUUUGUUCUACCAAUAGUUUCCCAAUUUAUUAAAAAUCCUAGUUAUGUUUUGUUGAUAUGUACAUAUAUAUCUAGUAGUAGCACAUGCAUAAGUAAAGGAGCCAUUGCGUUUGAAUAUUAUUGGUAGAUUUAUGAUAUUUAUAGUCUCUCUUUUUUUUGUAAAAGCAAUGAUAUUUAUAGUCUCAAAUGGUGCCGUUCAAAAAAAUGUCUCAAAUAGUUACUUGCCUACUGAAAUGUAUAACUAAUAAUUCUAGCCCUAUCUUUAUUUGGAUGUAAUUUAUAUUAAUCACAGUAAAAUAUAUAACAAAAUUAUAUUUUUUUUUGUAACACAACAAAUUUAUAUUUAUAUUUUCUUAUAUUUUUAUUACAGAAUCAACAUGAGGUUGGACAUAUAAGACAAAUGAAUUUUCAAAAAUGUAGGUAGAUAUUGUUGAUUUUUUGUGAUUUCGAAAUUAUAUUAGUUGAUUAGACUGUUUUUUAUUUUAUUUUUGAAACACGAUUAGACUCUUCUUUUUCCUUUACUUCUGAUAGGAAAAGACCAUAAUGUCUAAUGUAUAUAGUAAAGUCAUCAUCAUGGUCAUCGAACAUAAGCCACUCACACUUAUUCAUUAACUUCUUAAAAAAUAAAAAUCCUAAGCACCUGAAUCAAUGUCUAACAAUAAUGCAUAUGUCGUUUUCCAAGACAGAAAAUAUAUAUCUGAAUUCUCAUGACAAAUUUAAUCCACUGAAACUUAAGACAAAUAGUAAAAAAUAAUUUCUAACUAUAAAAAGUUGAAAACAUAAAAUAUUAAUAUUAUAUUAUAUUUUUGAACAAAAUAUUAUAUUAUAUUUAUUAGUCACAAAAAUAUACUAGUAAUUUAGAUGGAGCUUCGAAAUGGUGCUAUGUAGAUGGAAGCUGGAAAGACAGAUAUUUUUGCAAAAUAAGGACAGUUUUGCAAAAGUUAAGGUUCAACCAAUAAUAUAAUGGAGACCAUGAAUAUUCGAAGGAGUCCAUCAACUUUGCUUGCAAAAUAUGAAGCUCUGAUUUGAGAUAUGCAAUGCAAGAAAACCAUGUAUAUCACAGAGGUGGUGUUCUCAACAAAUUGUUCUUAAUUGAUGAAGAUAAUAUCAACACCGAUAAAAAGAUCGGUUUUUACUAUGCAAUUAGAAGAAUUUCAACGCAGUAUGGAUUUUCCCCAACUUUGUAAAUACGACAUAUUCCAAAGACAAUUAAUACAAUGACUAACAACUUUGCAUGCGGUUUUUGGACUCAACCUUGUGCUACGAUCUAUGUUGAUUCAGUUUCACGGAAUUGGUUUUCGUGUUCAAAAAAUUGUAGUAAGAUUAGUAUAGUUUCUGUUGAAAAAAAUAUGAUUUAUCAUUUUUCUUCACGCUACAUCUUGACAUGAUGCAUCAACUAAUUAAUUGUAUAGAUUAUGUUUUCAUUAUGUAGGAUACAAUUUCAGGGUUUUUCAAAAAAUAUUUAAAUUAUGUUAAGUUUUUUCAAGUGAAACGAUUACCAAAUGUUUUAGUCUUUUGUUAAAAAUUAGAAUAAUGUAUCUUGUUAUUGGUCAGUUUACGUAAAAAAUCAUUUUCCCUCUUAAAUAUAUAGAGAUUAUAUUUUUACCAAAAAAUACAAAACAUAAUAAAAUAACACAAGCACAUAAGUAACAAAAAUAAACAAGCACAUACAAACUCAAAUGUUAAUAACAAAUUAUAAAGAAAACGCACAAUAUACCUAAAUAUAUGUAUAUUGAGUAUCAUCAGUAUGUAUUGCCAAAAAGAGAUGUUGGCAGACAAAUGGGUAACAAGCGAAAGUGAGAGUGCCUCGAGACGACGUAGAAAGUCACAUGAAAACAAAGUGGGAUGGCUCGAAACAAGAGAACGGCGCCGUUUGCGGAACUAACGGUAAGACCUCUCAUGUGGGUUGCUACCGUCCAACUGUUAUCUUUAUUUUCUUCGACAAUUAUCCGUACGGUCUCGUUUAUUUCUUCUUUCUUCAAAUUAAUCAAACUUUCACUUCCCAAGCCAUACUACUAAUAAAUCACAUUAAUUGACUAAUCUCGUCACCAACUACAUCUACCGGUUUUUCCAAUACGUUGUAUUCUACAAAAUAAAAAAUAACUAAGUUUCAACCCACCUUAUACAGCAAAUCAUAAUUUUAAAAUUCUCAAAAAAUAAUUAUCUUAACAAUAAAUCCACAUGCAUAGCCGGAUGUCCAACAAUGGUUUUAGACCACUUAUGCAACCUUUGUUUCUCACAUACUCUCUAUUACCUCCAAGUAGCUCGUUGGUAAUUUAUCAAUUGUAGUCGACCUACAUAUCUAUAGUGACUUACUCUACCAAGUGACGAGACGAGUUCUUACUAUAAUAGACGACUCAUGAAUUCAUGAUCUAGCUAAGUCAUGCUUUUGGUGGUCAUAAGGAGUCCUAACUACCUUAUUAGGAGGCUUCCAAUAAGGAUUCGUACUCGUUUGCUAAUGCCAAAAUGUAUCAUUGAUCUCUUUUUAUAACAUAUAUUGCUGAUUUUCUCGUAUUUAUUUCCACAUCAAAUUCAGCUUCAAACUGUUUUGGACUUCCAAAACUUCCUUGAGCGAAGCAGAUUUUCCAUCAGUAAACACAAUUGGACCCUUUUCUUCUUUGUAUGGAUAUUCUACGUCUUAAUUAGUACACCAGAAUGACAUUGAUCAUUAUAUACUAUUUAUACCAAUGUUAUUUUUUUUUGACAUUUUCUGAUAUUAUAACUUCCACUUAACAUAUUUUUUCAAAACGAAAACCUGAACAAAAUGUUUUGGGUAAAGAUUUAUGUUUUUUAUUCAAUAAUCUUAAUUUUGUUAAACUACAUUUUUAAAUGUGUACAUUAACGGAUGAUGUGUUAUGUACUUAAUUAUCAAGUUACCGUUAUUAGAAUAACUAAUUCUAUGAUUGUGCAAUGAUGACAUUACAAAGACUAAGGCUCAUCAUUACUCCCAACAUUUCAUAUUCUCAGAAACGUUAUUUGAUUUGUUUGAAAAAUUAUUUUUUAUUGUUACUAAUUUAAUGGGAUUCCGGAAUUACUGCGUGGCUCGAAGUUAAUUUUCACGCCUGGGUUUUGAUGCUAAUUUGACAUCUCUUACGUAGUUUUUAUUAUACUAUAAGUAUGUUUUUGCUGUUUUAUAGUCUUGUACAAAAUUUCGCACAUAUACGUAUAUCCAGGCCCGUCCCUCUACUAAGGCAUAUGAAGCAUUAGCUUUAGGCCACACAAUAUGAAGUAAAUAAUAGGCCACAAUUUAUGAAGUUGUUUGUAGAUGAAAUGGUUUAAUAAGUGGAGUACAGCUUCUAUAUUUGGGGUUCGAAUAUUACUACUACCAUUAUUUUUAAUAAUUUUAGAUAAAAGUUACAUUAGAAGGCCACAUUUUCUGACAAGCUUUAGGCCACGUAAAAGUUUGGGACGGCACUGCGUAUAUCCCCACAAAUCCAAACCCAUCAACCCUCGAUUCAUUUUCCAGAAUUGUAAUUCUCUGCAAAUUGUGUUGAUUUUGUAACUAAUACGACACAGAGAUUAAUACUUUAAUUUUUGUUAUAAAAUUUUCGUAAAUUUUUGGUCACCUUAACUUGUUACAUAUACAAAUGUCGUAAAUUGUAGUAAAAUUGGAUCACUAUAGUUCUGUAGACUACGGAGUGGUGAGUUUAGAAAAGGAAGGAAAGAUAAGAGAAAAAACCAGUGACAUAUUGAUAUUCACAAAAGCCCUUUUUCAAAAAAAAAAAGAAGACAUAUUGAUAUUCACAUAACACAUACAUUGCUCAAUCAGAUAGUGGACACUUUGACAAUGGUCUGGGUGCCAAAAGUCUAUCCAUUUACACAGCAAUGUAUUUCUUUUUACACAUCAUGUUGCACAUGUGUUACAUGUAUACGUACGUACGACGACAGCUUCAACGAAGUAAUGUGACCAUUUAGGCAUUUAGUCAAAAGUCACCCAGCUCCAAUGUAAUACUCCAUUUUUUCUUUUAAGAUAGAGUAAAAGUGAAUAUAGAGUAAAAAUGUUCUAAUCCAACUCCAUUUUUCACUCCAUAAUGAAAUGACAAACAAAAAAAAAAAGAUUAGUGAAAUAUGAAGUUGGGUUGGAACAUUGUUUAUUCCAUAAUCACUUUUACUCUACUUUAGAGGAGAAAAAUGGAGUAGGGUUGGAGAUGCCUUCAGUUAAAUAGAAAAGCUAACACGCAGGUCCAUAAACUCGAUCAUUGCAUUUCAACUACGAAAAUAUAAUCCUAACAUGAGAGUAAAUAUGACACACAUAACCUAACGCCUAAGCAAAAUAAGCAAUACUCCUGUAAAUGAUUCAUUAUGAGAUAAGUGUCGACACAUCACCCACCCUAACAAUUUUAUGGAUCCUUAGGCUUGCAACAAAAAAUAGAUCUGUUACAUCAUCUCAGUGCACUAGUUAAAGCCCAGCAUUCGUUGGACCGAAAGUAGUAUUAUGAUUAGGAUUUUUUUUAAGUAAGUAUGUAUUCUUAAAGGAAAAAGAAAAUUCAAGUUUUGAAACUGCUAUAAAUAUGGAUCUAAGGGAUUGCUACGUUAUUAAUUCACAUAAUAAUAUAUAAAUAGUAAACGGGUACUUGCCUCAAUAUAUUUUGCUUGUUUUCUUUGCUUUCUUCAAGUUUUGAUUUGCGUUUGUUCACAACAAGAUCUAAAUCAAAAUUAUUUGGAUUACAGCAUAUUCAAGGCAUGAAAACAAAAUAGUUUGUUUACAAUGACACAUAAAUCCUUUUGGAUCAAUGAGGAGAACUUGUUGCUGAAAGUUGAUGUUUGCGGAUCCGAUCUACAAAGACAGUCUCAGAAAAACAACCAUAACUUGAAAUGAAGAUCCGCUUUCAACUAUAGCUAGAUCUUGAAGUCGAUAACAUAUCCUGAAAUUUUAGUUUGAAUAUCCCUAUAUUUUGACUAUCCGCUUUCCUCUUCUUUCAAAAUGGAUGUUAUGUGUUUUCUUCUCCCUUCUAAGUGGUUGUGGUGGCUAUUCCUUCAUGGUGGUUGUUGGUGGUGGCUCCAGUGAUAUUUCAGCAGUGAUUUGCUACUUUAAUUUAGAAGUAUCUCUCUCACUUCUCUAACUCGUUGCUGGCUUCUUUCUAGAAUGGAGAAUAAAGCUUCUCGUUUAUCGUUUUGUUCCUUUGGCCUUUAGGAUUUUGGUCAGGUUUGACAUGUACAGUACAUAAUAUAUAUGUAUUAUUUAUCAAAAACACCAAGCCUAGUUUUUUAAUAAGGAUUAUCUAUUACAAAUUGCGGUAAAACAAGACGAUUUUAUAGCCGCUAACUGUAGGAUUUAAAUAUGACGGUUCUACUUUCACCACAUUGAGCCACAUUUGCAUUGCAUUGAGCGUCUUAUGAAGAUCCAUGCAUGAUGGUUUUACAUGCACCAUAUAUGUUGAAUAUCUAUUAUAUUUUUUCAUUAUCUACAUAUUAGAUGAUAUGAUUCAAACUGGAUACCUUCUGAUAUUAAAAACAUUAGCAAACAUUUAAUUAAACCACCAUACAAAAAUGGUUUCUACAAAUUCAAGCUCAGUUAAGUCUGUAAUCUUUUUUUUUUGUUCGCAGACCAAACCUCUAUCACCUUAUAUAAUUUGAAUCUGUUGGAAUAUCAUCUACCAGCUAGAUUCAGAGGAACUUAUUGAUGUGUUUAAAAUGUGAAUGUUUGAUCAUUCUCAAAGCAAUGCUUUAAGAUAUCAACCUAAUGUCGUCUAGAUAAUCACAAGUUAGUGUUCUAUCUGAAAACGUUAUGAUUGGCGGAUCCAAACACACAGUUGAAUCAAAGAAAAAUAUUUAGAAAAGAAGAAAAAAAAAAGAAUGUAAGGAAAAAAAGAAAAUGACAUGUAUGCUAAAUUCAUCUAGCUAAUCUAAAUACCAACCAGUUAUAUAUUUAAAACAACACAAUGAACAUGUUUGAAUCGUAACGAGUAUUUCAUGGUUUCUUAAUGAAUUAACGAAAUUUUUAUUUUGGAUAAUUCGGGCGAAUCUAGACUUAACUAACUAAUUUUUUGAGGGUCUGUUCACCGACGCCAGACAUACUUGGUUGCUCGCAAUGAGAAUUAGAUAUCCAUAUCGUCUGGCCACACAAAUGGAUAAAUCUGAGUUCGGUAGAUUUUAAAUCUGGAGUACUUAGUACUUUUCCAAACACGUUGUACCACCCGUCCACACUUGUAUGGUUAAUGAAUUAACAAAAAUUUUACCAUAAUUUAUAUAAUCAAUUGUUUUGUUUUUAGUAAUUACCCUAAUACUAGUGGUGUUUAAGUUUUUCUCUCUAAAUAUUCCAUCAAAUAUAGAAUGAGUUAAAUAUAAAUUUAUCCAUUAAAAUAAUAUGCUCCAAUUGGAAUUUUUGAUUUGAUUAUGUACUUGAUAAAUCACGAAAUUUUGCAAUUAAAAUCUUGAUUUCACCAUUUAAUUUCACAUAAUAUUGUCAUCCUGCAAUGUCGUGUUUCAACAUCCUUACUUCUCUAAACCCCAUUAGAAAUUCAAAUAUCAUCAUUUUCUUUGUAGAAAAAUGCAAGUACUAUUCAUUUUCUUGAAAAAGGCCAAACACCGUCCACGUUAAAAGAACCAAAAAAUUAAAGGCACUUUGUUUUCUCUGGUUUAACACUCACGUGAAUAUAUGCAGUGAAAAAGAUAAAAUUUUACUAUAAGAAAAUUAAAACAGGACAAAUAUAAACUUUAAUAAAUUAAUUUUAAUUAAUGUCAUGUUAAGAAAGGGCAAAUUAAUUAAUUUAAUACUAAUGCCAUACAUAAAAAGUGAAUAAAAAAGACACGGAGACACACAAGUCGCAUGAAGUAACAUCCCAUGUUGUCGUCUCUACCACGUCAGAUACCUGCUUUAGAAAAAGACCAGAGACUGCUAAAAGGUAAGAAAGUUAAAACAAUUGCAGACCGCAACGGUCUAAUUUUUUACAGACAGCAACAACUUGGUUGAUGAAUGACCAAAACGCCCUUGUGGUUAAACGCGUGAGAAAUUCUCGUUGGAAGGUUUGAAACCAUUUCUUAAUUACUGCAUUAAACCGUGAAAAUAGAAAACAAUAGUAGCAACUAAUUAAUUCUUACUCUUAUUUAAAAUUUUAUAGUCAAAGGUAGGCGUGGACAAAAAAAAAACAGAAUUGAAACCAAACCGAACCAAAAUUCCCAAAACUGAUCAAACUCUCGAAUACCCAAAUGAUUUAUAUAUUUCUAUCUCUAAAAUAAUUGAACCGAACCGAGAAUCGAAAGGUACCAGAAUAUAAAAAAAUAUUAAUUAUAUAUACAUAUAAAAUAAUUAAAUAUUUAUAUUUAUAAUUUAAAAAUAUGUUAAACAUAUCCGAAAGUAUUUGAAAAAAAAACUUAAUUGUUUCAAAGUACCCAAACUAUCCGAAAGUAUGCCAAUAUUUUUAUCCGAAAUAUCCAAAAUUUUUAUUCAAAUCAUCCUAAUUAUUUGAUAUUUUACUCAGAAUAUUUAAUAUUUAACCCGAAUUACUCGAACUACUCGACAUAACCGAACCGGAACCAUAUGAAAACUGGAUUUUUUCCAGAUAAAUUCUGAUACCUAAACUAAAUCUGAACCGAACCGAAAAUGAGUCAAGUAGUAAAUGGAUCAUUUACUUCCUUGUUCAAACUACCAAUAUCCAAAAUACCUGAACCUAAUCGAAUGGAUACGCAAAAUGUACAUGCCUAGUCAAAGUUAAGACUAAACCGUCUCCAGGGUAUCUUCAAUGGCUCAUAACAAUUUUAAACUAAAAUUCUAAGAGAAUGAAAUGGCAAAAUCAAAACCGGAUUUUAAAACGCCGCAACCGCCGUUUCAAGGUGCUAUAAAGCAGACUCUGUAUCCUUCAGAGUCUCACUCUUUACUUACUUACAUGUGCUCUGCAUCUUUCUCUCUUUAUAUUCAUCUUCUUUGUCACUCUUCUCUCCCACUCUGAAUAAAACUUUCUUUUCUCUGCAGUUUUUUUCCCAGGAAUAUUUAUUGACCUUAAUAUUCAUCCCCAAACAAGAAAAAAGCAUCUCCCUCCUUUGCUUAAUUACCAAACUCUGAUUCCAUAAGCAUCUACCCAUAAAGCUCUUUUCUUCAACUUUCCCUGGAAAAUCUUUGCCUUUUUUUCCUCAUCUCCUCUCUUGUUACAGAGCAUCAAUCUCUUGUUUUUCAUUUUCUUUUCUUCUUUAUUCUUUGUCUCCUUCACUUUUUUCUCUUUACUUUCCCAACUUUACAUAUAUAUACAAAGGCACAACACAAAGAACACUUAUAACUUCUUAUUAUACAGUAGCAGUUUUCAAGAAAGAGAUGGAGGCAGAAAAGAAUGUUGUCAAACUCUCCGAGCACAACAUCAUGACCGCUACUACAGUAACUCAACCAAGAAUCUUGCGAAUCUCUGUGAGUGAUCCUUACGCUACAGAUUCCUCCAGCGACGAAGAAGAAGAUUUUGCAGACAUCUCUAGAAAACGUCGUCGUGUCAAGAAGUGUAUUAACGAAGUGGUUCUCGAGUCUACCGUUUCUGAUAAAGAUAGACCAAAGAAGAAGAAGAGACCGAACACGAAGACGACAGCAUCAACCGCUGUUACUGCUCCGGCGAGAAAGUACCGAGGAGUGAGACAACGGCCGUGGGGAAAAUGGGCGGCGGAGAUAAGAGAUCCGAGUAGACGUGUACCGGUACGGCUCUGGUUAGGCACUUACGAUACGGCAGAGGAAGCCGCCAUUGUUUACGACAACGCCGCUAUACAGCUACGUGGUCCAAACGCGCUCACUAACUUCUCUCCUCCGGCGACGGAGAACGGUGAAGAAGCUUCGAAGGAGAUGGACGGAGUUUCGGAUAUAACCACAAGCGGCGGUGUAGAAUGUCUCGGUUCGCCGGUUUCUGUUCUCCAAACUCCCUUCUCCGGCGAGUCUACGGCGGCGACCACAGUAAAAGAAGAAUUUUCCGGCGUAUCGAAGACAGCGGUUGAGGUGAAAGAGGAACCGUCACUAACAGUCUCAGACACUUUCACGGGUUUCUCGUCGCCGUUGUUCUUACACGACGACGUUUUUGGUUUCCCGACGACGAUGCCUGACUGUUUUGGAGAUGAGUUUUUUGCGGAUAUGAGUUUCGGGUUUGGGUCCGGGUCUGGGUUUUCCAGCUGGCACGUGGAGGACCAUUUUCAAGAUAUUGGGGAUCUAUUCGGGUCGGAUCCUCUUCUAACUGUUUAGCACAUUAUCAAAAAAAGUAACCGGCCGUUAAUAGGCAUACGGAGAAGUUUUGUUACCGGCGGUAAAUGAAAAAUAUUUGUCCAAGUUUUUGAUCAAUUUAAUAAAUUUGUUAUAUACACUUAUGACAAAAAAGGGUUUGUUAUAGAGGAAAUUUAAAUUUAAAAUUAACUUAAUGGUGA